AUGGACGUCUUAGAGGAUUUCCUUCACCACAUCAAUGGAUGUCUCCGAACACCUGCUAAAGUGCAGCCGGAAAAAUUGGCUCUCGCCCUUUCUGUGAAUCCGGCAAUCAAUCCAUUUGUAGUUCGGAUCAACAAUUUGGGGAAUCUCAACUACGAUCAGGUCGCGUUGGCUAUCGAACGAAGAAACUGGAAUAAUGGCGAUUGGUCCGCUUUCGAAACAGUGGUGAAAUCAUACGUGCGAUUGUGUAAUCAGAUGAACCCAUGGUCUCGCUUGGAAUCCUUUGAUCUCUUCUCUACGUAUCUUAAUGACAUCUCAGUAGCCUUCUCCAAUAAAACCAGGGGGCACCUUCUUGCGCCUCUCUUCCGCGAUAUCGUCGAAACAAUCGUGCCAAUGGCUAAACAGUUGGAUAUGCAAAUGCUCAUAAUUGAGCUGCACCGCAAACUCAGACUCACAUAUGUGGCUGCCAUCAUUCUCAAAGGCUUCAAUCAUAUCCGAUCGCUGCUUGGUGCCAACGACCACAUUGAGGCGCGAAAGAAAAGCAUCAUGCUAUUUUUGGGCGGAAAGUUGUGCCUGAUAUACUUCAUCAUCUCGAAUCCAUUGCUUUGCCAAAAUGUGUUUUCCAACAUGAACAACGCAAACCUACACAUCUCUGCAUUCCCAAAAAAUGAGCAAAUGUUCUACCGCUACUAUCUAGCCAAGUUCUACAUGGUCAAGUACCAGUUUGUCGAUGCAUACCAGCACUUGACCUGGUGUCUACAUAAUCUUCCAUCAAACUACGUGAAAGACCAAAAAAAUACCACCAUAAUUCUCCGGGAUUUGAUCCCACUCGGCAUUAUUUUGGGGAAAAGACCCAAUCUCCAAUCGUUUCAGCAAAGAUACUAUUCGCUGGCUGCGCAUACUCCGCUGUUUUUCUCCCUUUACGCACAGCUAUUAGGCGCUAUCAAGAGCGGCUCAUUCCAGCGCCUUCACGCGAUUUUAAACGACUCGGCCAAUUUCCAGUUCUUGAAGCAAAACAGCCUCCAAAUAAUCGUUGCCUCCAAAUCUUUUGUGCUCACUCUCAGAAACUUAGUACGUCUGGUAUGGCGUCUCGGCGGCAGAGUUAACAGGCUUAAUUACGACCAAAUAGCGCAAGCGCUUGAAUUUUCGCUCGGAGGUCUUGACAUCGCGUCCGUGACAUCGCAAAUGGCCACUUCGUUCCCUGUUUCCUCAAAUAAUCUCAUUGUGGAGAAUUGCCUUGUCACCCUCAUAGACCAAAACCUUCUCCGAGGGAAAGUGUUCCCGCGUCUCCGAGUAGCAUCGCUAGCCAAAACGGACGUAUUUCCUGCAGUUGACAAGAUCAAUUUCUUGAAAUUUGGCAACGGUGCCGAAGGGACAAUGGCGUAUGCGGAUAAAUGGAUGGAGUAA